GAAAAAAGAUAACAAGAAGAAGAAGAGACGUACAGUAAAGACAGCCGAUCAUGAUUCACUCAAAUCACUCCAUCCACUCAGUCUUCUGCUGCUGCUGCUGCGCCGUACAGACCAGGGAGUUCAGCACCCGAACGGAGCUGGAGGGAAGACCCUCCCUGUGUUUCCAGAGCAGACGAUACCCAGGAAAUGCCUGUCGGGUCGACAGAUCAAGGAGGAAGCUCCCCCUCCCGCCUCCUGAGGAUGAGGAUGGUGAAGGUGUGGGGUUGCUAACUGUCAUCGCCAUGUACGACUUCACCGCCAAGGAAGACACUGACCUCACUAUCAAACAGGGAGAAGAGUACAUCAUCCUCCACAAACAGGACCAGCUGUGGUGGCGAGCGCAGGACAAACACGGGAAUAAAGGCUUCAUCCCCAGUAACUACGUGACAGAGAAAAACAGAAUUGAGGCAAACUCGUGGUACUGCAAGAACAUCACCAGGACAGAAGCAGAGCAGCUGCUGAGACAAGAGGACAAAGAGGGUGGUUUCGUGGUGCGAGAGUCUAGUCAGAGUGGAGUCUACACAGUCUCUGUCUAUACAAAAACAUUAAGUGCUAACGGUGACAUUAAGCAUUACCAGAUCAAAAUAAAUGACACCGGACAGUUCUUCUUGGCUGAGAAACAUACCUUCACCUCCAUACCUGAUGUCAUACAAUACCAUGAACACAACGCAGCAGGUCUAGUGACCAGGUUGCGGUAUGCAGUGGGGCCAAUGGGAAGGUGUGUACCCGCAACAGCAGGAUUCAGCUCAGAGAAGUGGGAGAUCAACCCCAGCGAGCUGACCUUCAUGAAGGAGCUGGGCAGCGGCCAGUUCGGUCUGGUGAAGCUUGGCAAGUGGAGGGCUCAGCAGAAAGUGGCCAUCAAGGCCAUCAGAGAGGGGGCCAUGUACGAGGAGGACUUCAUUGAGGAGGCCAAGGUCAUGAUGAGGCUGUGCCACCCCAAACUGGUGCAGCUGUAUGGUGUUUGCUUGCAGCAGCGCCCCCUGCUGAUCGUGGCCGAGUUCAUGGAGAACGGCUGCCUGCUGAACUUCCUGCGGCAGAGGGGAGGGACGCUAAAGGAGGCCUGGCUUCUGUCCAUGUGUCAGGACGUCUGUGAGGGGAUGGGGUACCUGGAAGCACAUAAUUUCAUCCACAGAGACCUGGCAGCCAGGAACUGUCUGGUUAAUGAGCACAAUGUGGUGAAGGUGUGCGACUUCGGAAUGACCAGAAGUUCCCGGUGAAGUGGUCUCCUCCUGAAGUUCUCCACUACAGUAAAUACAGCAGCAAAUCUGACAUCUGGUCCUUCGGUGUGUUGAUGUGGGAGAUCUACUCGGAGGGUCGGACUCCGUUUGAAAACCGCACCAACUUGGACGUGGUCAACGACAUCACCAGAGGAGUCCGACUGUACCGACCACACCGCGCCUCACAGCCACUGUACGCCAUCAUGUACCGCUGCUGGCACGAGAGGGCUCAGGGUCGGCCGUCUUUCUCAGAGCUACUGGAGGAAAUCAGAAAACUGGCAGAAAAUCCGGAUUAACACACACACACACACUCACACAAACGUGCUGAUUUUCAAACUGUUUUUACUCAGGAAUGUACACAGAUUGUAUUUUUUAUGUAAAUAAAUAUUUUUUCAUUAAAACCUUAUCACAGAUGUUCCUUUAACUGAUGCUUUGAUGGUUUGAAUUGAUUUUUAUCUUCAAACAAAACAACCAAAACAUACAUGUAAAAAUGUGAUGUAAAUUUAAAGAUCCUUUGUUUUACGUUGGUCUUCAUACACUUCUCAAAUAACAUUGAGUUGUAAUAUUAUGUCUGUGAAGUUAAUAUUGCACAUUUCAAACUCUUAUUUGUUUAAUGUUUGUAUUUAUGCAUUACUCAUGAGAUACGAUGUCAUAAUUAUGACAAGAAUGUCAUUAAUAAUGAAAACAAACUUUAACUUAAUGGUGGAUUUAAUUUAAAUUAAAUACAGUUAAUUAGAUGGACAAAAUAUUAGAAACACUUCUAUAAAUAUAGUGUCAUACAGUCAUUCACAGAGACUGGGUGUUAAGCUAAAUACAUUUAUUUUGUUUCAUUUGUAAAGUAUAUUAAAUGUGUAUAUUGUUUUACUGAUAAGGUUAAAAACAAACCUUAAGUUUUCCUAAAUCUGUCUGUUUGUUUGACUGAGAGAAACCUCAAUGUCUUUUUUGUUUCAUUUAUAAAGUAUUUAAAUGUGUGUUGUUUUACUGGUGAUAAAGUUGUGAUUUAUUAAAUGUAUAUCUCUUCAAAAUGGCUCCUUUACCUGUUCAACAAGGUAUGAUGUGAUGCAGAAACAGCCGUAAAAAUGGUCAGAAACGUUCAUUUCAUGCACAAAUUUGUUCUUCUCACUGUGAAUUGGGUAAUAACAAU